CAAAGCAAUAUCAACGGCUGUAUUAGACGAUUUUGAUACAACUGCAACUCUUGGUGUUUCAGAUUCGGCAACAGCUGAAUUUCAUUCUGAUAAUUUGCCUUCACCUUCGCUCCGUUCGACUGUGGUAACAUCGAACACUGUUGCGAUGACUGUUGCCACGAAAACAACUCCCGGCUCGGAAAAUAUAACCUCUAUACGACAAUCUGAUAAGAAGCCUAGAUAUGGAUUUCUGUCCUCCUUAUUAAAUAAUAACAGUUCUUCACUUUCACUAUCUUCCACUGCCUCUGGUUCGGAUACGUCAAAUAAAAAACAAGAAUCAGGAUCAAAGUAUAAAUUAUUUAAGCCUUGGGGUAAUCCUCAAGAUUCAGAAUAUAAGGCUAUAGAAAAAGCACUUAUGAG